CAAUGCCCCUGCAAGUCGUCCGAGCUCGGCAACCCCUCGACGAGUCAUCAGGUUCAAAAAAUAACACCACAUUGGAAUUUCUAGACGGCAUCCUCAACUCACAUCAACAACUCCACAAUCAGCCAAGAUGUCUACCUUUGGUCAAUAUUUUAAGGUCACCACGUACGUAUCAACUCAAUUGACCUGCUUCAAAUACCCAUAGUCUAACAUUCCCACAGCUAUGGCGAAUCGCACUGCCGCUCUGUGGGAUGUAUCGUCGACGGUGUCCCUCCCGGAAUGCAGCUCACAGAGGAGGACAUCCAGCCGCAGAUGACGAGACGGAGACCAGGCCAGAGUGCCCUCACUACCCCGCGUAACGAGAUGGACACUGUCGAGAUUCAGUCCGGCACAGAGUUCGGUGUCACGCUGGGAACUCCAAUCGCAAUGAUCGUGCGCAACAAAGACCAGAGACCCAAGGACUACGGAAACUCCACUAUGGACCUAUAUCCUCGCCCGAGUCACGCAGACUGGACAUACCUUGAGAAAUACGGUGUCAAAGCAAGCAGUGGAGGAGGACGAAGUUCUGCGCGCGAGACAAUUGGACGAGUGGCUGCCAGCGCGAUUGCAGAGAAAUACUUGAAGCUGGCACACGGAAUUGAGAUUGUGGCAUUUGUUACAUCUGUCGGAGGCAAGCAUAUGUUCCCUGCUACAGUAGAACAUCCCACACCCGCUUCGAACCCAGCCUUCCUCUCCCUGAUCGAAACUAUCACUCGCGAGAAAGUCGACGAGUUCGUUCCAGUCCGGUGUCCAGAUGCCACCGCGGCAAAGGUGAUGGGUGAUCACAUUGCAGAGUUCAGAGAUAGAGAAGACAGUAUCGGUGGAACAGUUACAUGUGUGAUCAGGAACGUACCGAGCGGUUUGGGAGAGCCUGUGUUCGACAAGAUGGAGGCCAUGCUCGCUCACGCCAUGUUAAGCAUACCCGCCUCAAAAGGAUUCGAGAUUGGAUCUGGAUUCGGCGGUUGCGAAAUCCCUGGCUCCAAGCACAAUGAUGCGUUCAUACUUGCACCAGUUGUACCACCCAUGGAGACUGGCGCAUCGAAGAACGGCGUCCCCAGACCAAAACUCACGACAAAAACCAACAACUCCGGAGGUAUUCAAGGAGGAAUCACAAAUGGGGCACCAAUAUACUUCAGAGUUGCUUUCAAGCCACCUGCGACAAUUGGCAAAGCUCAAGCAACGGCUACGUACGACGGGGAGGAGGGAGGUGUUUUGGAAGCUAAGGGACGACAUGAUCCAUGUGUCGUACCUCGCGCUGUGCCAAUCGUUGAGGCUAUGGCUGCGUUAGUUAUUGUGGAUGCAUUGAUGUCACAGCAGUCAAGGCAAGUGACACGAAGCCUUCUUCCGCCAUUGAAGCAGGCGAAUCCUACACCGACUAGAGGAGAAGAAUCAGCUUCGAAGGGCGUGAAUGGUUUAAAAUUGGAGUAGAUACAAUGGCUUAUGGAGAUUUAUGCAUGGAAUUUUGCGGCAGAUUUUUGCAUUUCCCGUGGCGUUUAUCUAUGAUUUCCCGACUUAACACCUCCUCCUCUUGACCCCAGUGCCUGUUGCUGUCCAAAAAGAGGCAAAUUUGUGUAAUAAAUAGUUCUUGACCGACACAGAGGCACACUCUCUAUUGUUUCCAACAGAGCAGGUCAAACACCUAGAGUGCUUACCUGACCAAGACACAAAACUCGUCCAUAAUAAGGAAGAAAGUCCAGCUUUUGUAAAUGCAGAAACUACCCACCUGAUCCCGUAUAUGGUCUCUGAGGUGACUGCAUUUCUCUUGAAUUAUUAACUCUAAACCUUCGUUGUCUAUCUCGCACGUCCUCCAAAGCACUUUCAACUAGCAAACAUCUCCAUUUAAACCUUCCAAAAGAAGCACCAUCCACUAACCAGUGUAUAUCCCCUUGUUUUCCCCAAGACAAACUUUCAUAAAUACUUUUUCCAACCAGAAAACCCUAAAUGAAGAUCUUUCAAUUUCGCUCCGAGGACUUUACCAAGCCUCGCGAGAAGACGUACUUGAGGAAAAAACAGCUAGACUUAGUCCUUUGUGGUAUAGUUCGAUACAGUACAAUAGGUGGUUCAAAGGGCAG